AUUCUCCAUUGACUUGACUAGUUGACUUUGAUGUAAGAGAUGUAUCGAUCCCCUUGGACGAAAUGAAUGAAUACGUAGCUAUAGCUUGUAUUUAAAUUCAGAAGGCAGGCAAAUAGGAGAGGUAACAUAUCAUGCAAAAUAAGCUUAAACAUGACAUCCUCAUCCUCUGUUCUAACUGCUUCCGUUGUGGCAACAGCUGUAUGGGUUAUUGUUCUUACACUAGCCUCGAUAAUAUUAGCAGCAGCAGGGUCGCAAGAUUCAGAAGCUCAGGCGUUGUUGGAGUGUGGGUGGUGGAAUGGCUUUGUCAACAACACUGCAAAUCAUUGUAGCUGGCCUGGUGUAACAUGCAACCAUGAUGGAAGUGUCGUCGAGAUUGGCCCUCUAUAUAAUUAUUAUUAUGAGGAAGAAAUAUUUACAAAGAUGAACUUUUCUGCCUUCCCCAAUCUUCUUCGGCUUGACCUUAAUAACCAAGGGUUUAACGGAAGCAUCCCUCCUAGUUUGGGUCAUCUGACCAAACUUAGAAAACUAUCUCUUGAGGGCAACCAACUUAGUGGAUCCAUUCCAUCAGAAAUUGGGAAGCUACGUAAUUUGGUUAUUUUGGAUCUUUCCGGUGACUUUCUUUCAGGUGAAGUUCCUUCCACUUUAGGCUGAUUAGCCAAUUUGUUUACUAUUAAACCAUCCUCCAUCAU